UCAAUUUUUAACAAACCACAGUAGGGAAAAACCCGACUCGUCCGAAAUUUGAACUCGAGUCGAAAAUAAAGUGUUUAUGUAAAACAUGAAUGCUUCGAAAACCGACUUUUUGGGGGAAAAUUUGGGGGUUAGGUUUGAUUUUUGGCCACGAGAUAUGUCCGAACCCGAAAUAUACACACAUAUAUAUUAUAAAUAUUAUAUAACUCGAACUCGACCGACUUCAAUCCGAAACCUGACCAAGCCAGAACUCGGAGUAAUACAAAACCGAAAACCCAAAAUUUAGGGCUUGAUUUCCAUAUCCGAAAUCUGGUCGGAUUUUGGAUUUGCCCACCUGACCCGUCCGUACCGCCCGAUGCGCACCGCUAAACCACAGGGACUAAAAUAGCAAUUUUUAAAAUCACAGGGGCAAAAAACGUAAUUUACUCUAACAGCUUAUUGAUGCAGAUCCUUUUUGAUAACAAAUCUCAAACCCUAGCUUCCAUCUUCACAGCUAUGGCGAUGGCAAUGGCCGCAAAGAUCGCAAGAUCAUUUCUAACCCUCCGCUCUUCAUCUUCCAUCACAAAACCCUCUCCUCUAUCAUUUCCGUCGGAAUCAUCUCUCUCCCACUCUCUUUCCGCCGCUAAUCUGAACCGAUCGGCAGGUCCAUAUUCGCCGAUCAACUCCCGCUUCAACUCGAUUCCGCCAUUGUUUCGUGGACUUGAUGUUUCCUUCCGGUUCUACAGUACCGCUGUUCAAAUUCAACGAAUGAGGUUCCCUAAAUUCAGAAAAGGAAGAAUCGAAGGAAUUCGUGAUGGAGGUAACGAGAUUUGUUUCGGUAAAUACGCUCUUCAGGCACUUGAACCCGCUCGGAUCACAUCUAAACAGCUCGAAGCUGGUCGAAGAGCAUUGCAACUGAAUGUACGUCGCGGCGGCAAAGGAGGUAAGGUUUGGGUUCGUAUUUUUCCAUAUAAAUCUGUGACUGCGAAACCUGCUGAAGUACGAAUGGGUAGAGGGAAAGGAUCAAUUUCACAUUGGGUAGCACCUGUUCAAUCAGGUCAAAUCCUGUAUGAAAUGGGAGGAGUAACAGAAAGUUUGGCCAAAAGAGCCAUACAAAUUGCAGGUUCUAAGUUGCCUAUUCGAACUAGAUCCAUAAUUCGGGAUGCAAAAACUAGAGAAAUUGGCAUUCGAUGAAUAGGGUUUUUGAUGAUCUUAGAAUCUAAAGGUUCCUUCCAUGUUUAGUUUUGUUUUUCUGUAUCAUCUGAGACUAAAUCUUUUAGGAAUUUGAAGUUUUCUUUUUGGAGUAAUUGCUGUCACCCAUUUGCUAAUAAUCAUGUUAUAUCCAACCAUGCUUGAAUAGUAACACAACAUGAAGUUCUUGUGGACUUAAAUUGGUUCAACAGUUUUGUGAAUGAUGAUUAUGAAAUUUUAAUUUAAAGUUGAAGGAAGUUAUUGCUUUUCU